AGAAGAUUGGUGUGAGCAAGCGAGGGACUGAUGACUGAUGAGUACAUGGCCGGAUAUUCUUUCCGCGUAAUAGAGAGGAAGAUGCCGUUUCUCUGGUUGCAUUAGAAGAGAGAUUAAACAAAGAAAAUCUUCGUUCUCUUCUGAAUUCUGUUUAAUCCAAUCACGUUUCGAGAUUCCGAUCCUGAACGUCCAUUUCAUGGAGUUCAUCCAGAGCCGAGUGGAACCGUGGAUCAGAGAUCAGCGAGCCAAGCUAUUGAAGGUCUCAUGGGGCCCACUGCAAUGGCGGAUGAAGUGGCCGUGGAGCAACGAGCGGGAGCAGAAGAAGAAGAUUCAGGAAGAGUACGAGCGAAGGAGGAAGCAACUUCAGGAUCUCUGCCAUGCUAUCAAGGCCGAGUCAGUCUCCGAGUUGCAGGAAAUUCUCGGUUGCAUGGUUCUCUCUGAGUGCGUUUACAAGAGACCUGCUACAGAGUUGAUUCGAGCUGUAAAUAAAUUCAAGGCUGAUUUUGGUGGACAAGUUGUUUCUUUGGAACGGGUACAACCAUCAUCAGAUCAUGUUCCUCAUAGGUAUUUAUUGGCUGAGGCUGGAGACACCUUAUUCGCUUCCUUUAUUGGAACAAAACAGUACAAGGAUGUUAUUGCUGAUGCCAAUAUACUUCAAGGUGCAAUCUUUCAUGAGGAUGCUGUUGAGGAAACUGAAGGCCAUGCAGAAACUGAACUUGACCAGGGUGGAAACCAAAACGGUAAAGUGGAGACUAUGUGGCCCCUAGAAUCUAGGUCUAAACAGUUGAGGAGUAAAUCACUGCCUGCUGCUCAUCGGGGUUUUAUGGCUCGUGCUAAAGGAAUACCUGCUUUGGAAUUGUAUAGGCUUGCUCAGAAGAAAAAACGCAAACUUGUUUUAUGCGGCCAUUCACUUGGUGGAGCUGUAGCUGUAUUAGCCACCCUUGCCAUUCUGAGGGUGAUUGCUGCUACAUCUCCGUCAAAGGAGAAUGAGAAGGUCUCUAUCAAAUGUAUAACAUUUUCUCAGCCUCCUGUUGGAAAUGCUGCUCUGAAGGAUUACGUUAAUAGAAAAGGCUGGCAGCAUUAUUUCAAGAGUUACUGUAUCCCAGAGGAUCUGGUUCCCCGUAUUUUGUCUCCAGCUUAUUUUCAUCAUUAUAAUGCUCAGCCUCAGUUGGCGCCCCCUGAAAAUGAAAGUAAUAGCUUGUCAUUAAAGACAAAUGAGCAAGGGGUAGAAAAAGAUAAAGAGAAUGGAAGAGAGCGGUUGGUUUUGGGGAUGGGUCCUGUGCAGAGAUCCUUCUGGCGACUUUCUAGACUAGUUCCUAUGGAACGAUUGAGAAGACAACUGACUAAAUACCAAGAAAGCCAAGCUAGUUCUAUUGAAUCAACUUCAGUGCCUGAUUCUCUUGCCUCUACUUUAAUUGAGGAGGAAGUGCUUGAACCACAGUCUCUUGAAAUACAAGAGGGUUCUGAUAGUAUAUCACUUAAGCCACUUCCCAACUCUGAUAAACAUGCAAUGGAGGCAACAGCAAAUGAGAAAACGGACACCAAGAGCAAUACUAUCACUGGAGAUAAAAGGGCAUGGCGCAGUGUGCCAUAUUUGCCUUCAUAUGUGCCAUUUGGGCAGCUCUAUUUGUUGGAAAACUCUUCAGUAGAGACACUAUCAAGUGCAGAAUACUCAAAGUUAACAUCGGUUGGAUCUGUUAUUGCGGAAUUGAAGGAAAGAUUCCAGUCGCAUUCAAUGAAGUCAUACCGGUCUCGAUUUCAAAGAAUCUUUGACUUGUGCAUGAGUGACAAUGCAUCAUCUUUCCUGGGAAUUGAGCAAUGGCAACAGUUACCUCAUCUACAGCAAUGGCUUGGCCUUGCAAUUGCUGGGACUGUUGAACUUGGCCAUAUAGUGGAGUCUCCAGUUAUUCAUACUGCAACUUCAAUUGUUCCCCUGGGAUGGAAUGAUGUGCCUGGUUCAAAAAAUGCAGAACCUCUGAAAGUUGACAUUACUGGUUUUGGGUUGCAUUUAUGUUCACUUGUCCAUGCGCAAGUGAAUGGUAACUGGUGUUCAACUACAGUUGAAUCCUUUCCUUCUGCUCCAAAAUAUUCUUCAAAUCAUGGAAAUCAACCUGACUUACAGAAGAUGAGAGUAUUAGUCGGUCCUCCGCUACGAAGUCCACCAAAGCAUCUAACAGUGUUAGACUCCUUGAUGCCUGUUUUUCCUUCUAUAAAUUCAGAGCCAGACUGUCUUGUUGGAGAACAUACUUCAGGGCCUGUUGAGAAGGAGAAAUCAAUCCGUCCUGAGAGUUUGAAUAAUUUUUCAAUAUUCUGCACCAGUGAUUUUACCACGGUCUGUAAAGAGGUUCAUGUCAGAACUCGUAGGGUCCGGUUAGUUGGCCUAGAGGGUUCUGGUAAAACUACACUUUUAAAGGCAAUCUUGAACAAAGGUAAAGUAAAUACUACUGCCAAUGAGGUUCUCAUUCCAGAGGUUGAUGUUCAAGAAGGUAUUGCAGAUGGUUUGUACUACUGUGAUUCUGCUGGAAUAAAUAUGCAGGAGCUGAAUAAAGAAAGUUCUCAAUUCAAAGAUGAACUGUGGUUAGGAAUCCGUGAUCUAAGUUUGAAGACAGAUUUGAUUGUUCUUGUUCAUAAUCUGUCCCAUACCAUACCUCGAUAUGCUAAUUCCAAUGUGCCUGAACAUAAGCCUGUCCUGUCCCUCUUUUUGGAUGAGGCUAAAUCUCUUGGAAUUCCUUGGGUUCUUGCAAUAACAAAUAAAUUCUCUGUUAGUGCACACCACCAAAAGGCUGCAAUUGAAGCAGUUUUAAAAGCAUACCAAGCAUCUCCAAGCACAACUGAAGUUUUAAAUUCCUGUCCAUAUGUUAUGGCUGGUGUUUCUGAGGCUUCCUUGUCACAGAGUGUGGACAAUGAAAAGCUCAAUAGAAGAAUUGGUGUUCAAAGGCUUAUAUUUGCUCCUAUUAAUGUUGUUAGAAGGCCUUUCCAGAGAAAGGAGAUUGUUUUUCCAGUUGAAGGUGUUAACUCUCUCUGUCAGCGAAUCCACAGCGUUCUUCGUAAUCAUGAAGAGGCUUCAUUUCAGGAGCUUGCUAGAGAUAGACUGAUGAUGGACUUGGCACGAGAGCAUCCAAUGUCAAUGGAUGCAAGUAAAGAUGCCAGAGCGAAGGCAAAUUCGUUGAAUUCGGCAGCGGUGGGCGCGUCAAUUGGGGCUGGUAUCGGCAUUGUCAUGGCCAUUGUAAUGGGGGCAGCAUCUGCCUUGAGGAAACCAUAAGGACCAAUCCGAAUCCUCUACACUUAUAAAGUGAUUGCAUAAAAUGCAUUCAGAGAGAGAGAGAGAGAGAGAUGGGGAUGAAAGAAAAUGAGUUUAAAGAGUAGCAUGUGUUUUGCGCAAUCAAGCUCUUUUUAUUCCACUUUUUUCUUAAAUGUAUGACUUUAUAUGAUUGUAGAGGAUUCAAUUUUCUAACCUUUUUCCUCUCUAUGAUUGACAUGUAGUCUCACACAAUGGGAAUUAGGUUGUAUAGGCUAUGUGCAGAUGCUUAUUUAUGUAGAAUUUCAUUCUUUUCUUA